AUGUGGAGCUUUGGAAACUAGUCUUUUCCUGCCUGUAUUGGUUAGCUCAUCCACACUCAAGGCCUUUUUUCCUUUUGACACCCUGAGCCAGACUGAAGAGAGGGUCAUAGGAGUGGCCAGGACCUAUAUCCUCAUUUAGGUGGCAAACUUUGGCCUUUUUGUCCCACUGUCCUGAUGUUACCUAAGGAAGGCAGAAAAUCAGAGAGACACAAUUCAACAUUCAACUCAAUUGCCAGGGGCCUGAUGGUCCUCCAGAGCGUGGCCAGUCGGGGUGCCCAGAACCUAGAACAGAAGCUGCAUGGAAACCAGUGGUUCCAAAGCAAGUCGGUGCAGGCCAUCAACCGCUACUACAGGAAGAUGAGUAAAGUCAAGAAUAUCAAGAGUCCCAGUGGCUUUGAGUCUGAAAUGGAGGAACUGAAAAAAGUGUUCCUCAUGCGUCCUGGCUGUCCUCAGUUCAGCACCAGGUCUACAUCAAUGUCUCGUUAUGGCUCACCCACUGCAGUUGACUUGCCCAGGGAGGUGUGCAUCCAGUCUGAGAUCUGGAGGACGACUGAGAACCUGCUCUUUGGCAGGCGGAACUUGGACAUGAAUGCAGAUGGGUGUUUCCUUCCAUUUAGUAAGAGUGCCUGUGAGUUCAAUUAUUUGCAGAAGAGAAGUGAAUCCCAGACUUUGAAUCCAGUCAACAGCAGCCCAGUUGCAGCCCAGAGCUACCCAAGAAAGAGGAUUCCCUGGUACAUCUCAGUUAUCCACGAGAAGAAUCACUGCCUGCUCAUGCUGGGAGAAGAAAUCCAGCGUCUCUCCAAUCUGGAGGUACAGAUGCAGAAGAAGGAUGAGGAGAUCCUGGCACUCCAAGAGGAAAGGGAGACCCUGAAGAAGCAGAUGAAAUGCCUCCUUAAAAGCAAAGGCCAAGAAACGUUCCCCUGCAGGAGGGAGUGGCACUCGGAGGCUACGCUAAAGCUGUGGAGGCCGAGCAUCCCGAAGUCCUUCUCCAGAGAAGGAGAAGAGAUGCAGUGCUGGAAGCAGAUGCAAGAGGAGCUUGCUGUGACCGAGAGAGGCAAAGAGCUGGAAUUAGGAGGUGAUGAGGAGAAAGAGGGCAUGGAAGGGGAGCACAAGGAGGUGGAGGAAAUAAGAGCAAAGGGAAGCACAGGCAAGAGGGGUUCUGAGCAUGAGGAGGGUAGUAAGGAAGAGGAGGAGGAAGAAGAACAAGAAAAAGAUGAGGAGGAUGAAGAGGAGAAGAGGGAGCUGCCAGAAGAGGAGGAGGUCUUCAGGAAGAGGGCCUACUCCUUGGACGAGUCAUUCGAAGAAGAGCUGAUCGCCCAGCUGGAGGAGUAUGAGCAGAUGAUCCUGGAGUUCCAGUACGAGCUGGAGAUCACCAGGACCAGAUACUCCCUUGCGACAGGAACCAUCAUGUCCUUACAACGACAAGUGGAUUUUCAAGAAUCUCAACUGCGUAAGAUCAAUAUGGAAAAUGAGAUGCUACAGAAAGAGCUUCAAGAGCGAAAGCAGCAGUUACAAGCCAUGUCCAACAAGUUCUCCAACCUUCGAGAAGAUAAGAAACACCAAGAGAUGAUGGGGCUCAUUGAGAAGGACAACAUUCUCCUCCGACAGCAAGUGUCAGAGCUGGAGAGCGAGCUCAUGAAACGGGACCAUGUCAUCUUGGAGCUCGACACCAAGGUCAGCCAGGUACAAGCCCAGGUCGACCUGCACCAGAAUCACUUGCAGAGGUGGAAGCAGCUGCAAGAGGACAUGCAGAGGAAGAAUGAGAUGAUCAGGCAGGAGGAGUUGCAGGCCCGAGUGGCUCUAGAGAGCUCUCAGUCCAGGCUUGAAAGACUAAGAAAUAAGAUCAUCCAGGCCACAUUCAACAUUUCUGGGACCAAGCCCUUUUCCACUGAGAUCACCGACAAUGAUAUCCUGGAAGCCCUGCAGAGGAUCAUCUCAGAGAGGACGGACUACUACAACCAGCUGAAGCAGAAAGGUGUCAAAGUACCCCCCCUACAACAGUCGGAGAUCACCUCCUUCCCCAGCAAGUCCAAGAAAGUGACCCCCAAGUAGGCCUAGCCCAGAAUGCCAGGACAUGGUCAGCCAGCAGAUCCCAGGACCCUGCUUGGAAAGCACUCCGUCUGUCUUGCGCUCUCAGUUGGAAUUAAACCCUGGU